CGCCCCCCGCCAGCGUUUAUACACUCCCAAUCAUUCCACUUUUCCCCAGCAACUUAUUGUUUUCAUCUUGGCUUUCCCUCUUCACUUCACUUCACUAUGGCUAUCUUCCUCUCCUUUCUUCUCAUUCUCUUGUUUCCUUCAGCCAAUGCUGGGUGGCCACCUUCUCCUGGUUACUGGCCUAGCUCUAAAUUUAGGCCUAUGAGCUUUUACAGUGGGUUUAGAAAUCUUUGGGGUCCUGGUCAUCAAAGUCUAGAUCAACAUGCAUUAACAAUCUGGCUUGAUAGAACUUCAGGAAGUGGAUUCAAGUCAGUGAAGCCAUUUCGUUCUGGUUACUUUGGAGCCUCUAUUAAAGUCCAACCUGGGUACACUGCUGGAGUCAUAACAGCUUUCUAUCUAUCAAACAAUGAAGCUCAUCCAGGAUUCCAUGAUGAAGUGGAUAUAGAGUUCCUUGGAACUACAUUUGGGAAGCCUUACACUUUACAAACCAAUGUGUAUAUCAGAGGGAGUGGGGAUGGCAAAAUCAUUGGAAGGGAAAUGAAGUUCCAUCUUUGGUUUGAUCCAACUAAAAACUUUCACCACUAUGCCAUUCUUUGGAGCCCCAGCGAGAUCAUAUUCUUAGUAGAUGAUGUGCCUAUAAGGAGGUAUCCAAGGAAGAGUGCUGCAACAUUUCCUCUAAGGCCAAUGUGGGUGUAUGGUUCAAUAUGGGAUGCCUCAUCAUGGGCUACUGAAGAUGGGAAAUACAAGGCUGAUUACAGAUACCAACCAUUUGUUGCAAAGUACACCAACUUCAAAGCAGGAGGUUGCACUGCCUAUGCGCCAGCUUGGUGCCGCCCAGUCUCUGCCUCGCCUUUCCGGUCCGGCGGGCUAACAAGGCAGCAACGUAGAGCAAUGAGAUGGGUUCAAAGAUACCAUAUGGUGUAUAACUAUUGCAAGGACCCCAAAAGGAACCAUGCCUUGACCCCAGAGUGUUGGAGCAAGUGAAUGAACUUAAUAACGGUUCAAUCGAAAAUUUAUUUUUACUUCUCCAUGUGAAAAAAAUUUACUAUCUGUCCACUUUGUUUUCUGGGUGUCUUUGAGAUGGAUCCCACUUUCCACCAAUACCGAUGGAAGUCUCCGGAAAAGGAAAAGAUGUAAAUUUACUGGAUUUUUUUUUUUUUUUUUUGUGGUUGCUCUCUUGGUGUAUAUCAGAUUGGAAAAAUAAUACAAAGGGAGGGGGAAGAAUCAACGAAAUGGGAGAAUGGGGUGAUGCAGAUAUGGUGUCAUGGGAGUUUCAGUGUGUUGUUUCAUUAAUCAUUUCUUAAUAAAAGCCCAAGUUAUCUAUUUUA